GUUGCUCGUCUCAGCCUGAAGGGGGCGGAAGUGCGCUCCACUUCCUGAUCCGGGAGGCGAAGAAGCGUGUACGCUUGUUUAUCCUCGCUUUUUAUCUCGAGCUGCAAAUUUCAAAGUUUUCAGACUGUGGUCCUGGAGGGUCCUGUGUUCUGGGUUUCUUGAACUCGACAUGUACUGCGACCACCAGAGUUAAUAGUAGAGUAAAUAGGGACUGUUAGAAGGACGGACUAGAGUUUGGAUGUUCUGAACGUCUUGACGUGGAAAACGCUGUAUUUCCUCGAAGGCUGCAGGUCCAGUGGGAUUCAAACCAUGUCGGACGGACGGAUCUACGUGGGAAACCUUCCCAUGGACGUCCAGGAGAGGGACAUUGAGGAUCUCUUCUUCAAAUAUGGAAAAAUUCGGGAUAUUGAGCUGAAGAACAACAGAGGCACCAUCCCGUUUGCCUUCGUGCGGUUUGAGGAUCCACGGGAUGCGGAGGACGCCGUCUUUGGAAGGAAUGGAUAUGGGUUUGGAGACAAUAAGCUGCGUGUGGAAUAUCCACGAUCUUCCGGAUCCAAAUUUAGUGGACCUGCGGGAGGAGGAGGCGGAGGAGGAGGAGGAGGACCGCGGGGACGGUUUGGACCUCCGUCACGCAGAUCUGAGUUUCGCGUUAUUGUGACGGGGCUUCCUCCAACCGGCAGCUGGCAGGAUCUGAAAGACCACAUGCGUGAAGCCGGAGACGUGUGUUUCGCAGAUGUGCAGCGUGAUGGCGAAGGUGUGGUCGAGUUCCUCAGACGAGAGGACAUGGAGUACGCUCUGAGACGCCUGGACAGCACAGAGUUCAGAUCCCAUCAGGGAGAGACGUCCUACAUCAGAGUGAUGGAGGAGCGCGGCACAAGCUGGGGUCGCUCACGCUCCCGCUCCAGGUCUCGAGGACGAUACUCGCCCCCGUACCAGAGCAGAGGGUCACCGCCGCCCCGUUACCGAUCGCCCCCGCGUCACAUGACCCGUCAUAGCCCUCCGUCCCGCCGAGCGCCGCUGCAGCAUCACAGCCCUCCGCCGCGACACUAUCGAUGAGCGGCUGCCUCUCCACAGCCACGCCCCCUUUUUCUUUCUCAAUUUUGUAAAUUACAUUCCACUGUAGGAACCUGAAUGGCCUUGUUCACUGUUCAGUUCACGGAGAGCUUGCGGAUAUGUUAAUGAUCACGCGGAUGAUGCUGUAGAUGUUUACAGAUGUGGUUAUGAUUGUGGAAGAUCUAUGAAUAACCCGAUUUGUCCUUUGUGAUUAUUGACAUGAGGCAACAGACUAAAGAUGUGUUGUUUAUGAUUAAUCUGGUCCAUUUCAUAGACAAUGACUUUUAUUUUGUUUUAUGAUUUGAGUAAAAAGCUGCAAUUUUAAAAAGUUUUUUUUUCAGGAAUCUCCCCAUGUGAUUUUUCUUUUUUUUUCUUUUUUUCUCUUUUUUUGUAUCGUGAUUGUUUGAAAACAUUUUUUUUUUUUUUUUUUUGCAAUUAAAGCAUUGAAUCAAAGUUACUCUAUACGGAGCCAUUUUUUUUUUUACAAACUACUGUAACAAAUUUAAAACUCAAUAGAAAAAAUCAAGUCUCUGAAUUAUUCGUAAUAAAUUGUGAGUUUAUAUUAAAGUGCAUUAAUUUAGAAAUGCUUUAUUAAAUGUUGGUUAAUGAUGGAUUGAUUGAUGUUAACAGACAUCUGAUUAACAAAUGUUGCAAAAGAUCAUUAAGAUUAAGUAGUUUACCAAAUAUGGCUUGUUUGUGUUAAUGUAGUUAAGAGCUUACAUUUUUUAUAACCGUUAUUUAUUAAAUUCUGCUGGGCUCUCAAUAUUUCUUUAGUGAGAUGGUUAAGCAGUUGCAUAUUUAAUACAUUAUAUGAUUUCUUGUCUUUGAGCCAUUGUAAUAUGCAGUUGGUUAAAUCUUUUAAUUUCAAGCAUUGCUAACAAAUGGAAACCAUGAUCACAGCUGAUUAAAAGCAUUGCAAUGCAUUCGUCUAAA